UAGCCAAGACAUGGAAACAACCUAAGUGUCCAUCGAUGGAUGAAUGGAUGAAAAUGUGCUAUCUGUACACACAAUGGAACAUUAUCCAGCCAUAAAAAACACGAAAUUCCUGCCAUCGCAACAGCACGGUUGGACUUCGAGGACAUUAUGCUAAGUGAAAUAAGUCAGAGAAGGACAAACACUGUAUGACCUGACUUAUGGUGAGACCUGGACUGAGGAUCAAUUAAUUAUAAAGCAGAAAACUCUUGAAGUAGGGACACAGCCACAUGAAGGAGAGGAAUGUGAAUGAAACAAACAUGGGGGACCCUAUGGGUAUGGACAGAAUUUUGGUCAUAUCUCAGACUUUAUCCGACAGCCACACAUUCUUAUGGAAGAGAAAUCUCAAAUGUGCAACACUUGUGGCAAGCUAUUCAGAUGGAACACAUACCUUAUUCAGCAUGAAAAAAUCCACACACAGGAGAAGCCUUAUGAGUGUCAUGAAUGUGGAAAAGCCUUUGGCCAUAGUUCAAAUCUCAUUCAGCAUCAAAGAAUCAACACCGAGGAGAAACCCUACGAAUGCGGUGAGUGUGGGAAGGUCUUCCGGCGCAGCUCACACCUCAUCCAGCAUCAGAUCAUCCACACGGGGGAGAUGCCUUACAUGUGUAAUGAGUGCGGAAAAGCUUUCGGUCAGAGCUCAGGUCUCCUUCGACAUCAGAGAAUCCACACUAUGGAGAAGCCCUAUGAAUGUACCGAAUGUGGGAAGGCCUUCAGCCAGAGCUCAAAUCUAACAGAACAUAGGCGAGUUCACACCAGAGAGAGACCAUACAAAUGCUGCGACUGUGGGAAAGCUUACAGUCGUAACUCACACCUCAUCGAACAUCAGAGAGUCCAUACAGGGGAGACUCCUUAUGACUGUAAUGAGUGUGGGAAAUCUUUCAGUAGGAGUUCACUCCUUAUCAAACAUCAUAGAAUUCACACUGGAGAAAGACCCUAUGAGUGUAGUGAAUGCGGGAAGGCCUUUAGUCGGAACUCCCACCUUAUUCAGCACCAGAAGACUCACAGUGGGGUAAAACCUUCUGAAUGUAAAGAAUGUGGGAAAACCUUCAAGUACAGUUCAUACCUUAUUGAUCACCUGGGAAUCCAUUCAUGAGAGAAACUGUGAAUGAAGUGAAGGUGGUAAAGCCUUUGUUUGGAGUUCAGCUCUUAGCGAACAUCAGAGAACUCGUGCUGGGGAGAAAACCUUUGGCUGUAGUGAGUGCAGACGGCCUUCAGUCCUAGCUCAACUCUUACCAAGACCUGAAAAUCCACACAGUGGACAGAUCUCAUGGAUGUGUUCAGUGCAUAAGUACCUUUAGACAGAGUUCCCGCCUUACUCAGCAUUAGCCAGUUUGCUUUGGGGGAAUGAUGGGUAUGGGGAGAGCCUUGCUAUGUGUCAGAGAGGGGCACGAAAGGGGCGUCAUCUGACACUACAGAAGGAAUGACUAAAGUGGAAGCUUAAGUUAGCACUACUUUUUAUUUGAUUUUGAGGAUCUACAUCAGAGGGAGAUUCUAUGGUUUUUUUUUCACAUCUCCAUAAUCUUCCGCCAGAAAUGGAAUGGGUUAGGUCCAUUCCAGGGAAGAAAGAAUCAGGGCAUUCUGGAUUCAGACUCAUAGAUCAGGAAAGCUGCAAUGUGACCUUUGAAUCCAGUAGCUUUCCUUGUAUCUCAUCUGUCCUGUUGGUUGUAACUAUACAUGGAAGUGGCUCUUGGGUCUUCUUGGACCAGCAUUUUCCCUCCUCAAUGUCCUGCAGACUACUGAAUCUCUUUUUGUUUUAUAUUUCAUAGAUGCUUUUAAUAAAUGGGAAAAUUUUCUAAGCCCA